AUGAAAGAGGAAAUUGCUGCAACUGUGGUUUUUAUUUCCCGAAUAGUGAAAAAAAAUGAGAAACUCAGCAAAAAGAAGAUUGAGAAAUUCUGCAGCAAACUGACUAAAGUCUUGUUUGAAAAGUACAAGAAUCACUGGUACUGGGGAAACCCAGCCAAGGGUCAAGCAUACAGGUGUAUCCGGGUGAAUAAGAGCCAGCCUCUGGAUCCAGUCCUGCUCCAGGCCUGUGUAGAAAGCAAUAUCGAAUAUUCGUCUCUACAGCUGCCAAGGGAGUUCACUAUCUGGGUAGAUCCUUAUGAAGUGUGGUGUAGGUGUGGAGAGAAGAACCAGCCUUUCAUUGUGACCAGGUUAGAGGAAAGCAACACAGACUUGGACAUUUUUAAAGACAUCAGCAGUGCUGCAGAGCGUGCAGGAUGUGAAUAUAAUUCUGGUACCUCCUCUGAUGAGGAGGGCUACAAGGAGCCAAAUCCUACCUCUGUCCGUGACACACAUGCUGGUUAUCCAGUUGGAGAACAGGAAGACUGCUCUGUCCUCUCUGAAAGAAAGACUAUACCAAUUGUGAACAACCCGAACAGUAUCUAUCAGUUUGAAGUCUGUACCAGCUUCAAAGGCCGAGGGAGCUCUGGUCAAGGAUUGCAAACCAUUCCAACAGUGAUUAACCCAAAGAGUAUUUAUCAGGCUACUGAUUACUACAGCCACCCUACAGCUGGAUGGUCCAAGUUUCUCCGAAGGAAGAUGUUUGCUGAAGAUUACAGCUGUCACUCGUUCCCGGGUAAUUACCGAGUGUACCGAGCAUCUAACAUGUUUCUGUUUCCUCGAGUGGACCGUUAUCAUUGGGUGAACACCAAGCGAUAA